AAAGUGAUAAUGGAGGAAGAACACCAAAUUCAUCUUGGGCCAUUAACAUAAGCAUCAUGCCUUCUUCACUCUCCUUUUCUCUCCUCACCUCUCCUCUUCCUUCCCACAACCGCCCUUGUUACCGCAUUUCCAAGCCGCCAAACCAUCUCUCCGUUAAAUCCUCCGCCGACAAAGACAAACCCACAACUUCAAACGGCAAACCGAGCAACAAUACCAAUACAGGAUCAUGGGUCAGCCCCAAUUGGCUCACUUCCCUAACUCGAUCCAUAACAAUCGGAAAAGACGAUUCCAACAUACCAAUUGCGAAUGCAAAGCUUGAAGAUGUGUCUGACCUUCUUGGCGGCGCUCUUUUUCUACCUCUGUUUAAAUGGAUGAAUGAAUAUGGCCCAAUUUACAGACUUGCAGCUGGUCCAAGAAAUUUCGUUAUUGUAAGUGACCCUGCAAUUGCUAAACAUGUUUUGAGAAAUUAUGGUAAAUACUCAAAAGGGCUUGUUGCUGAGGUAUCUGAAUUUCUAUUUGGUUCUGGAUUCGCCAUUGCUGAAGGUCCCCUUUGGACGGCUAGACGUAGGGCUGUUGUUCCAUCUUUACACAAGAAGUAUUUAUCGAUCAUGGUUGAUCGUGUAUUCUGCAAAUGUGCUGAAAGACUGGUUGAAAAGCUUAAACUUGCUUCCCUAACUGGAACUCCGGUGAACAUGGAGGCGAAAUUCUCUCAACUGACUCUGGAUGUAAUUGGUUUAUCAGUUUUCAACUACAAUUUCGAUUCUCUUACAACUGAUAGCCCUGUUAUUGAUGCGGUUUACACUGCUUUAAAAGAAGCUGAAGCUCGUUCUACAGAUCUGUUACCUUAUUGGCAGAUUGAUGUUCUAUGUAAGAUCAUUCCAAGACAGAUAAAAGCUGAAAAAGCUGUUACAGUCAUUAGAAGGACUGUGGAAGAACUCAUUACCAAAUGUAAAGAAAUUGUCGAGGCUGAGGGUGAAAGGAUUAGUGGCGACGAGGAGUAUGUAAACGAUGCAGAUCCUAGUAUUCUUCGGUUUUUGAUUGCUAGUAGAGAAGAGGUUUCGAGUGUACAAUUGCGAGAUGACCUAUUGUCGAUGUUAGUUGCAGGUCAUGAGACGACUGGUUCAGUUUUAACUUGGACUUCAUAUCUUCUAAGUAAGAAUCCAUCAUCUUUGGAAAAGGCUCGAGAAGAAGUUGAUAGAGUUUUACAAGGAAGGCUUCCGUCGUAUGAAGACAUAAAGGAUCUUAAGUAUUUGAUGCGUUGCAUCAAUGAAUCUAUGCGUUUAUAUCCACAUCCACCCGUGUUGAUAAGAAGAUCUCAGAUUGUCGAUCAACUGCCCGGAAAUUAUAAUGUUAAACCGGGUCAAGAUAUAAUGAUUUCAGUUUACAAUAUUCAUCAUUCGCCUCAGGUUUGGGAGAGGGCAGAAGAGUUUAUACCAGAAAGAUUUGAUUUAGAUGGUCCAGUGCCAAAUGAAACAAAUACUGAUUUUAGAUUCAUACCGUUUAGUGGAGGGCCUCGGAAAUGUGUUGGAGAUCAGUUUGCUUUGAUGGAAGCCAUUGUUUCACUUGCAAUCUUUAUUCAGAAGAUGGAGUUUGAACUGGUUCCUGAUCAGAAUAUUAGCAUGACAACAGGAGCCACCAUUCACACAACAAAUGGCUUGUAUAUGAAAGUUCGAGAGCGCCAAACCAAGCCUGCAUUUGCUUCUUCAUAUUCUGAGUCGUCUUCCUUCUAGGAAAGGACUUAUCAGCUCUACUUAUUAUCAAUACUAUUCUGAAAGCAAAAAAAAUAAAAAAUCCUUUUCACAAUUGGUAUUCUUUGAUUGAACUUGGAAUAAUCUUAAUAUUAAAUGUUUAUGUAUAUAUUAUUUAAAUGGUC